CUCAAAACUCUUCCGGACAACCAGUACUCUGACUAUGAAGUACGAAGAUGCGGGUGAUCCAGGACUCUGACGAUGACCUCGACGAUGAUCUUGAGGCUGACAUGCCGGCGGCGAAACAACCAGGCGCGCCAGAACAGCAGACCUCCCAAUCCGGCACGGGCUCCACUGAAUCGUUGAAGAGAGCAAUUGAGCAAGCGCACCGUGCCCAUCUCCAGUCUCAACCGAGUCAAAAUGAGCCGCAAUCGUCAGUGUCGCUACCCGAGCAUCCAAGCAAGAGACGGAAGACGGCGGCUAAUGCCAAUCCGCGCAAAUCGCCAGACUUUAUUUCACCAAAGGGCAACGGAUCCAUUACCUACAGCAAGAGAUCCAAGUCCGUCUUCAGUGCGUCCACAGAACCGGUACAUGAUCAUUUGCCCAAGGAUGCAACAGCCGAGAUGUCACCUUUUAACCCAGCAAUUUGGAGUUUGGAAGGCACCAUGCGCGACAACUAUGUCACUCACGAUCCUAUGAUGUUAUUCCCAGAGCCAUCUAGUACCGUCCCGAAUGCCACUCUCACCCAACAACGCGUGCUGGAGGGUGUUACGGCUCCAGCGAUGCUAGGAGACUCUGGAGCUGAAACAUCGCCAUACCAGCUCCCACCUGAGCCCUCAGUACCAUGGUCAGACAUGAUGAAAUUCUCACCUACGAACACUAGUGAAGAGUUCGAUUUGAUAAAUCAAGAGCCUACUCCUUCGAAUAUCACAACAGCUGCUCGACUUGAAACCCCACGGCAGACACACCAAUCUUCCGUAUCACAACGUAGCAGGCGGGGCUCAUCGGUUCGUCUGCGAGGCAGUCAACUGAGAAACACAAUACAACGUGACGAGAUCAACCCGGAGGAAGUCAUGGCGCCGCAUUGGGAAGCAACCUCUGUCCAACGCUCAGAGAUCUGGACAGCAUCCUCGGAAUCGCAUCGAAAUAUACAACAAGAGGCCAGAAACUCAUCUCGUCCACGAAAGAGCGAGGUCAUAUUGAUGUCUAACUCUGACGAUGAUCUCGCUGCCGUUGGCCUUCCCGAAGAACAGUACAAGCCACGUCCUAGUCGCUCCAGGUCUCUUAGGGCUGGUAUCGAACAGCCGAUUGAAGACUCGGUUAGGCCUGAGCUGGCUAAGAGGGUCUCCAAAAGGCGCAAGACGACAGCCGUAACAAGUGAUGCAAGCGUAAUCACAACACCUCAAAAGAUCCAGCAGAUCUGUGAUAUGGGCUUCACACCUUCCACGACAGAGAGGGCUCUGGAGCAGAACAGCGGUGACGUCACACAAACUGUGGACUGGCUAGUCAACAACGGCAUUAGUGAUGACGAACUCGCACCACAUAAUACACCCAAAAAGAAACUAGUAUCGAAAGUAAACCACAAAACUCCGUCAGUGGACCAGGACACUAUUCAUGUGAUUAUGCGUGGCUUGAACGAGUACCGCAGACCGGAUCCUGAUGGUCGGCAGGAGACUGUUAAAUCGACACUGCCAACAAGCGAUAUAAUCCCGGAACAACCUGCAAACGAUGAUAUCAACGCCUCAAAAACAGAUGAGCCCUCCAAGGCGCUUCAGACCAAGAGCCCGAAGGUGCAGGUGGUCAUACCCAAACAAGGGCGCAAGCCUGAUGAUGCACAAACUCAUGGCUUAGGACAGACUCCAAGUAAGAAGCCGAAGCGCAGAAAGACCACCUUGGACCAACCAGAAGCGGAACCUCUCGUAGAGGAGCGGGCCGUGCCCCAGGCCACAUCUGAGAAGAAGAGAGGUCGAGGUCGGCCCAAAAAAGUAGCGAAUACUGCUCUGUCGGCCGACACUAUCAUAGAAUUGCCAGGAAAGAGUAUAGGGAGGGAAGAGCAUGCUGAAGUGCCUCCGUCAGUCGAAUCAAACCCCGUUCCUCCUCCGACAAUAUCUGCAGAGAUUCAGCUCGUUGUCGAACCAAACGGCGCUCAAGGGAGUGAGCCUGAAAACCAAAAGAAAGCACCCAUUGCUAAAUCACCACCGAAAACUACUCCCGCUACUGCAGCCUCGCAAACCCCAGAAAGAUCAACAGAACUUGUGAGCCAUUCACCAAACAACAAGGGCAAGGUACCACACCGGGUAGGGCUGAGCAAAAGAGCGAGGAUCACACCUCUACUGCGAAUAUUAAAGAAAUAGUGGGACGGAACGUUCAUGGACCUAGCAAGAGCGAUACAACAGUUAUGACGUACCUAUCAGUUCCUUUUAGCGAUGUAACCACACACUUAAUGAUACCCACUUUCUAUUAGCUAUCACAGUUUUCACGUCAUCCAGGUUGUUGAGUGGUGCGCCCAGUCUCUAGCGACCAUAUUUCAAUAGCACGAAGAACAUGCAGCUAUCCAACUCCAUGUCACUAUCUUAAAGACACGAUCCGCCGUGGUUCCGGU